UGUCGAGGCGUCGUGUCGUUAUCACCGGAAUUUACCAGUUGCCCAACGUCAGGUCAAAAGUGACUAUUUGUAAAAUCCAGCGCGUGGUGUUGAUUCAAGUUUUAUGAUUUUUUGAUAACACGCGAUACGUAGUAAGUUAGAGGAUGGCCAUGCUUUUAAGGACUAGACAGAAACGUGUUGCCUUAGCGCUUAGGGUAGUUUGUAUCUCGUUAGUGACCGUAACUUAUGUUAUAAUCGCAGUGGCGUCCAGGGGAAGGGUUGCCAGUACCUCUCGGAAUGACCUAGUGUCACCUUUGGCGAGCAGUCGUCAUCUCCUGGGGGCAGUUCGGAGGCAAAACGUCACCCCUAACUGCACCCCCGCAGCAAUAAACGAGUUUCCCCCAGAUGGAUUCACCAGACAGCAGCGGCAACACGGCUUCGUUGUUCUGCACGCUCUCCUGGCCUGCUACCUAUUCACCCUGCUGGCAAUUGUCUGCGACGACUACUUCGUUCCUGCGAUCAAGAAAUUCUGUGAUAAUCUGCACAUGAAGGAAGACAUAGCAGGCGCUACAUUCAUGGCGACGGCCAGCUCUAGUCCUGAAUUAUUUAUUAAUUGUGUGGGCACGUUCGUCACGGAAGGCGACCUGGGUGUGGGCACCGUCGUGGGGUCGGCAGUCUUCAACAUUUUAGCGGUGCCCGCUUGUUGCGGACUCUUCUCGAAUAUGGUUUUGGAGGUUGAGUGGUGGCCAAUCAGUCGCGACAGCACCAUGUACGGGAUCUCCGUGGUUCUGCUCAUUGUAGUCCUUCAGGACGGCAGGAUUUAUCUCUACGAAGCUUUAAUGCUGGUGUUAGCCUACUCGUUGUAUAUCCUGCUAAUGUGUUAUAAUAGCAAACUCAGUUCGGUGGCUCAUAGAUUACUUGCGAAAUUUCGAAGACGGAACUACUAUGUAGAGGUUAUGAGUGAAACUCAUCCUUUGCUUUUUCAGAGAAACGGCAAGUACAGCGGGGUGCAUGAAAUUCUUGAGACCGAACUCACCCUCAAAGACUGCGAGGACCUCGAGGAAUCCACGAAAAUUUGGGAAUGGCCAAGUGGUUGGAGCAGAAAAGGUCAGAUAUGGUGGGUCAUCACCUGGCCUAUAUCUUUCCUCUUGCAGAUAACAACUCCAGAUUGCAGGAAAUAUCCUAGAUUAUUCGUCAUCACUUUUGUUAUGUGCAUAUUUUGGAUAGGAACAACUUCUUACAUGGUAGCUUGGUUGAUUACUGUGAUAGGGGACACCUUGAACAUUCCCGACUCUGUCAUGGGUCUGACGUUCCUGGCAGCUGGAACCAGUGUUCCUGAAGCUGUAUCCAGCGUGAUCGUGGCUAGAUUAGGUCAUGGUACGAUGGGUCUUAGCAGUUCCAUCGGUUCCAACACCUUCGACAUCUUGCUGUGUCUUGGAGUUCCAUGGUUGAUCAAGGCGGCUUUUUAUCCCAAACAGGAGGGCAAUCAUUGGAUACAGAUUAAUUCGUCGGGUAUAAACUGUAGUGCAUUUGCUCUUCUAACUACUUUGCUGUUGUUAUACGUCAGCAUAGCUUUUAACAAAUUCAAGUUAGACUGGAAGGUCGGACUGGCGUGCCUGCUGAUGUACAUAGCCUUCUUGAUCUUUGCCUCUCUCAUCGAGCUGAACAUCUUCUUUCCGGUCAAUUUGCCCACGUGCGACAGAUGACAUUGAAGACUGAGUGUUUGUCUAUUAGUUAGUUGUAGGAAGCGCGCUGAAGCUGAAAACCAUUAGAGACCGCCUGAAAAACAAAAUUAUAAAAAUAUGGUAGUGCAGAAUUAGAAAAAUAGUAUCGAUUACGAAUCCGCUUUAAACUUUUUAAUGUAAGACUAGAGUUAUGUAGGUUAUGUAAGUAUUGUAAUUGACUGAUGAAUCAUAACAGGAACAGUUUUGUUUCUGACAUUUUUACUUUCGAAUAUAUGCUUUUUUAUUUUUAGUGUACUUUUUAAAAGUACUUGUAUUUUUAUAGUUGUUACACUUAUUGAGAAAAUAUACGUCUUU